AUGGGAGCCCAGCCAUCAAAACAAUCUUCAGAACCUUUAACGACUUCAGUAAAGACAUUUGUUCCAGAAACUCAAAAGCAAAUUGACUUAACUCAAGCUUUAAUAACUGAAUUAGAUGGUUCUGACGAAACAAAUUAUGUUAGAAAACAGCAAGCAGAACUAUACAUAGAAAGACGUGUCCAAGAAAGAUUAGCUCAGUUAGAAAGUACUGCGCUGAAUUACUUUGAUGGUACCCUAGAAGACUCAACUCUAAAAGAUAUAAAAGAAGAAAAGGCUGAUGGAUCUCAAACUUUGUCAACAACUUCACUACAAAAUAAUAUUAAUGAUUUGAAUUCUAAAUUGAAGCUAUUUUUAGAUAGAGAUUUAGAUAAGACAAAAUCGAACGUAAAUAAUGAGAAUAAAAGUAAAUUAGUUCAAUGUUUACGAGAUAAUAAGGGGAAGCCAUUAAAUUGUUACCACGAAUUUGAAGAAUUUAGAAAAACAAUAACCUAG